AUGGCCUCGCCUCAGAAAUUAGCAACAAAAUUGCGUAGCAUAUCACCCAGGAUAUUAAGAAACGUGGAAGAAAGGUAAUGCAACACUGAAGCAAUGUAACGUUAAACUUCACUUAUUUAAAGAAAUCAAUUUAAUACUGUAUCGUCAUAGAACUUUCCUAACUGCAACGACUCCUACAAGAGGAUCAUAUAGGAAAGCUGUUGAAAGCAAAAAUCAACUGUCACCUUUUAAUAUCGACACUCCCAACAGGCAAAUGAUAUUGAAAAAUGGUCUUCCCACUAAAAUUGGUACGUUUCUAGGAAGUGGCGGAUUUGGUACUGUGUACAAAGUUUCGUAUAAAGGUGAUCAAGUGGCAGCUAAGGUGAUGCAAACAGAAAAAUGUUCCAGCACGUUGAUACGUGAAAAACAUGCUUCUUUGCUAAGGCAUUCGAAUAUAGUAAAGGUGCUAAUGAUAGAACAGGGUGCUUCUCUGUCUUUAAUAACAAUGGAAUUAUGUGGUACCACUUUGCAAGAUUAUCUAGACGAAAAGAUCUUGAUCAAGACCAAACGAAUUUGCAUAUUAAAGGAUGUAGCUUGUGCUUUGCAAUUUUGUCACAAUGCCGGUAUCGUUCACGCAGAUGUGAAACCUAAAAAUAUAUUAAUGUCUGCAAAUGGCCAAUCGAAGCUCACCGACUUUGGUAGUUCUGUUUUAAUACAAGAAUCAAAUGAAAUUGAUAAAUUCCACGGGACGCCAGGAUAUGCCGCUCCAGAGGUAAUAAAGGAGAAUAAGUUAACCCCUGCGGCAGACAUUUAUUCUUUAGGAGUCGUAGCUUGGCAAAUGUUAUCCAGAAAAUUGCCAUUUGCUGGAUUGCACAGUCACACGAUUAUUUAUCUUUCUGCAAAAGGGUAUCGUCCCAUGGACAAUGAUGCAGACGAUGAAUCUCAAGGUGUUUAUAGAGCAUUAUAUAAACAGAUGUGGUCACAGAAUGCUACCGCUAGACCAACAAUCGACGAAGUAAUAACUACAAUCGAUGUACUAAUUUGUCCUUAAAAUUUAUUUUAAUUGUUAUUGUAGUACUUGGCAGACGUUUUCAAUAUUCCAGUAGCAGAUACGCAUAAAUUACACGUCAAAAGUUUUAUUGUACAAAAUAUAACAAAAAAAGUUACUUUUUUAUGUGUCAGGCAUUUCUCCACCAGGCACAAGCUGAAACAAAAUUUCUUGUACAAAUAAAGUAAGUUAAUAAAUAAUUGCAUUCGAAAAAGUAUUUUAAAUUUUUCAAAGCAAAAAAGAAGUAGAAAAGCUAUUAACCAUUGUGAUAUUACUCCCAUUGAGUAA